UGAUUAAAAUGUGAAAAAGAAGGAUUGUUAUUGUUUUUAUUUAAUGCUGAAGUGUUCUUUGUUUUCAGUGAUGUUUUCCACCGUUCAACCUGUUCUUAGCGUCUCCUCUAGAUGGAGAUCUGUGUGUUUGUGUGAACACAGCUGCUGCAGGAAGGGAGAUAUACUGUGGAGCCACUGAGGUUUCUUUCUACAUUUCUAUUGCAAUCCAACAUCCUCCUAAAAUGAAGUUGUAUUUUGUAUAUGUAAUUCAAUGUGUUUUUGAUAUAUAUGCAAAACAUUUGUUCAGACCGGCUGACUUCAGUGUAACAGGCCUAUUUUCAGAUCAUGUUUGGAUUAACUUUAAAAUUAUGAGAUGGGAUUGUUCUUCUUCCUUAUGGCUGUAAAAAAAAAAAACACGAGUGUGACCACCUCAUUAGCUCUGCAAUAAAACAAUACAGCCCACAUUGCAGAGUAAGCAGUGUGCAGAGUCCACCACCCUAACUUGCUCACUUUGAGGGAGAUGAUUGWCAAAGUUUUCAGCUCUAAGCUCACAGCAGCCACCAGCGUUCAGGGAUCAUGCCCUCAGGGAAGACGGUUAAGUACAUCCUGUAUGAGGUGCUGCAGUUUGCAGCUCUCAUUGUGCCCGUCUUAGUGAUCACGGAGAGAUUCGCCAGCCUCAAGAGUUACAUGGAUGGUCAGCAAAAUAUGACAACAUACUGGCUUGUGGUGGCGGUCUCGAUUGCCUACGUAACCUCUGUGACCCUGCUGGUGUGGGUUCCUCUCAAAUAUGUGAUCCUGAAGCAGCGAAAGUUCAUAACAGAGAUCUCCCACUGGAGACCGACAGCGCUGGCGUAUCUCAUCCUGUGUACAUUACCGUGUUUUGCCAUUCUAAUAGCCGGCUCCAAGGACCAGGUAGAUGACUACCAUUUCUCUGAGCUGCCGGUCUCCUUGGUGCUCUUCUCGCUCAUCUGUGUGGAUGUCAUUGAGAGGAUACGAUCUCGCAGGCUCACAGGCAAAUGUAAGGCUCGAACUUGUCAAUAAAAUUAAUUAUUUGCUUGUGCUCUGCAGAAAUGCACCUAACUUUUUACCUGUUGAUCUAAAACCCUAUGCUUUUGUACCAUUUUAUUUAACUGUUAUGUUACUUUGCGUUAUUUUUUGAGCAGUAGUUUUUCAUGGGCCUGACCUACAUCCUCAACUCUGCUG